AAAAAAUUAAAAAAUCUUGGCUGGAUUUUGGAGCCUUUCUGUUUCAAGAAUCAAAUUUUGAAAUUUAAAAAACUACAUUAUGUCUGCAUUAAAACGGGUGCAACAAUGGGCAACAUUUGCAAGGAUCUGGCACAUAUACGAUGCUGCCUGGCAAAACCCCUUCCAAUCUGCCGAACUUAUAAAACGAUACCUAAUGGGGCUUCAUAAACCUAUUUACCAUCCAAUGAACGAUUGCGGAGACAAUGUUAUAGUCAUCAACAGUUCAGAAAUAGCACUACGAGGCGACGAAUGGAAAAAACGCAGCUAUUUCCAUCAUACAGGCUAUCCAGGUGGAGCUACAUGGACAUUGGCUUGGGACUUGCACAGUAAAGAUCCCACAAUGGUCCUGAAAAAAGCAAUUUACAAUAGUAUGGACGGUAACUUGCAAAGACGCUACACUAUGGAGAGAUUAUUCAUUUUUCCUGACGCUAAUGUUCCUAGCAAACUGUUGGGUAACGUCUCUAAUCAAAUAAGGCAAUUGAGGCCUGUACCGAAAAGGUUGGAUCAUUAUACUGAAGAUGAAGUGCAAACUUGUCCUAAGAUUAUUGAUUAUCCUACAGAUUAUGUUGUUAGGUAAUUAGAUGUUUGUAUUAUAUAGGUUUUUUUGAGUUAUUAUUGAAAGGCAAGUUAAUAAAUAUCAU